CCGAAAGGAAAUGGUUAAGGCUGACUCCUGCACCUCAUUUUUUAUGGGAACCGUAUUAGGGGCAGAUAGCGAGUGUUUCACCCCAGCGUCGGCUGCGCUGCACGGCGCAUCAUUUACACUUGACGGGCGAUUCAGAGGCGCGUUUCCCACCUGGCGGCCAUCCCACCAUGGAUGCUCUUAAAUCGGCCGGAAGAGCGAUCAUCAAGAGCCCCGGGGUGCCGAGGCACACAUGGGGAACCUCCAAACACGAAAAGCUUGCGGAGAACUGGACAGACACCAAAGAGACCCUCCUGGAAGGCAUGGUGUUCAACGUCAAGUACCUGGGCAUGACGCUGGUGGGGCAGCCGAAGGGAGAAGACAUGGCGUCCGCUGCCAUCAGAAGGAUAGUUACCAUGGCUAGAGCCAGCGCAAAGAAGUUCAGGAAAGUGACUCUGACAAUCUCUCCGAAAGGAAUCAUCAUCGUAGACACGGAGACGAACAACCUUAUUGAGAACGUCUCCAUAUACAGGAUCUCCUACUGCACUGCAGAUAAAUCUCAGGACAAAGUGUUCGCCUACGUUUCCCAGAGUCAGUUCAGUGAGACCCUGGAGUGCCACGCCUACCUAUGCCCCAAGAAGAAGAUCGCUCAAGCCGUCACACUCACAGUGGCACAGGCCUUCAAGGUGGCGCUGGACCUUUGGGAGGUCGCACAGGAAGACAAAAUCAAGAAGGGCCAUUCCUGCUGCUCAUGUUCAGUAAAGACCUCGCACUCCGACCCAGAUUUGGAGAAACACAAAGCUCUGAGCAAGGAGGAAGCCCAGAGGCGGCCAUUUUCCUCCUUCCAUUCACCUUCACGACACAGCAACCCCUUAAAGAGACGGCCGAUCAAGCACAACUCCUGGGAUGCGGAGGAUGGAUUUGAUGACGCGUUUUCAAGCAAUAUGGACGUGGAAGACACAGACACAAUCUAGCAAUCAGAUUUUUCACAUCGGCCAUGUUUGUGUUGGUCAGGUUGGCAGAGUCCAGAUGCAGGUAACUGUCUGAAGAUGCAGCUGUGAGGUCAGGCAGGGGUGACCUUCAGGAUCUAAUGAUUAAUCACUGAGGACACGUGGGAUAAUAAAACACACAAACCUUCUACACAUAGCUUUUUCAGACUGAUAGCUAUAUAUUGUUCUUUUCCCAAUAUUGAAUAAUGAAGAAGUUUUUUUUUCUGCUGGCAACCUUUCAUAGAAUAAACAAUAAUUUUUUCUGUACUUUUUUUGUACACAGAUUAAAGAUGGACGCUUGUUGAUAUAUAUUUAACUAGAAUUAAUUGUGAACAAGAGCAGUGUUCAGAUGAUGUUUUUUGGCUUAUUUUGUUCCUUCAUUUUUGUUUAAUAUGUGACCAAAGCUAUGUUGUUAUUUGCUGUCUCGUAAGUCAUAUUCAUGAGCUGGGGCAAACUUUUACACCAGCCACCACCGCCCCCCCCCCCCCCCAGGCUUUAAGUGGCUUGGGGGGCCUUCUAGCCAUGUUAGCCUAGGGUCCCAAGAGAAGUUAAUCCCCCCCUGAUAGUGUGCUUUAUGUCUUGCUGAUUUUAAAUCACUCAUUUGCAUUCCUAUAAGAACUGCUCAUUUUGUAAUCCAGGUCUCAGUUCCCAGGUAUAGUGUACUUUUUGUUUUGAUUUUUUUUGUGCAAUGUAGCCAUUACAGGGCUGCCUUGGCAAUGAAACAUGCUCCAUUCGUAUAAGAUCGAUUCCCGUAGCACAGAUGAAAUGUGAGCAGUCAUUUCUGUGCAGUGAACUCAGGUAUGACUAUGACAAAAAAUAGGUUUAUUUGAUCAAUUUUAAGGAAAUGACUGUCACCAAAUGUGGGCAUUUUUAAGGAACUAAGGUUUACUUUAUAUGGUCUGCACAAGUUAGUUUAUUCAUUUACUGCUGUUUCUUAAACAUUUGAUAUAAAUGCAUCUAUUUGAAUGCAUUGAGACUUUUUCAUGAUAAUGUCACUAAGAUGACAAUGGUCAGUGCAAAUAAUUUGGACACUUUUAGUUAGCAUGGCAGCUAAAUCGGAGUGGUUUAGUUUUCUUUAAGGGUUAAGUUAACUCCGAGUUAAGAGCUAAGUGGGAAGAUUAAUGUUUGUUUCCACAAACUCGAUGACAGUUAUAGCAUUAGUUAAAUUCUGGUUACAUUUUUCUUCAUUUGAGAAUAAAAAGGAAAAGUCAAAAUGUUCAUGUAUUUUCAGCCAAAUGAGCCACAUAUUGCAAAUCAUUAAAACUAUAUUUGCAAUUAAAAGGCAGAAAGGAUGGGCAAGGGUGAUUAAGAUUGCUUUCUUCAGAGAUAAAUCUAAAGUAAUGUCAUUUACAAACAACUGUUCUUGACAGCUAGACGUAAAUUACAGUUAAUCUUAUAACUGACAUGAAUGCAGCCCGUUUAAUAAUAAGAUGCCACAUUUUCAGAAGAUUAAAUGUUAAGCUUUUGACUGUAGGACAAAAUCUAUUUUUAAUCAAUGUUAUAAUGCAUAUGUACUUUAUCAGCAACAUAUAAAACUGAAAGUCACUAUCACUUUAUCUCCCAAAGGACUGUUUGGGCUUUAUAGCCCAGAUUUUGACUACUGCAAAUCCUAAAGUUAGAAUGUUUCUUUCUAGGUUUUGCGCAGUGAUGUACAUACAUAAUUCUUUAUGUGUCAUCAUUGGUAGAGUUUCCCAAAUUAACUCAGCAUUUGAAUGAAAAAGGUACUUUUCUAAGACCACUAUCACUCAUGGAGUCUUUGAAUUCAAAAAUAUUCCCUUGUGUGUUUCAGCUGUUUGUGGCAUUAUUUUAUGAAAACUGAGUGCAAGAAAUCAGGAACAAACAGCGAUUAAUCAAUACAGUUAUUUAAGGUUAAUUAAGACUACCUAGGCAGUACACAGAUCGUUUAAUAUUUUGCGUUCUGCCAUUUGUGAAUUUCACUGUAACACUGAAAAAAUGGGAAAUUUCCCAGAGAUCGCCAAAGUCCUUCAAGCCACAAGGGGGCGUGCUUAUGAAGAUGCAACUUUAUUUCUCGUCUAUAUAACAAUUAGGGCCUAGUGUGUACGAAACUCUUGCAGGCCAAAGUUAUUUUGCUAUCUUUUUCAAUGAUCAAUGUUUUUUUCUUUAAUUUGCUUGAAAGGAAAAUGAAGACCAGCCUCAGUCUCUUCCAUAUAUCAGCAUUUAACUUAAUUUAAAGUAAGUAACAGGUUUUAUGUCUCCUGACUCUUGAAAAUCAGCUCCAGGGAUAUUAAAGUUUGUGUUUUAGCUGACGGGGGCACCUGGUGGUUUGAAUCAAUCCUGCCUGCCUUUGUGGUGUCAUUGCUUUAGGAUGAAUUGAUGGUCUUGUUUGGAAGUAGCUUGUGGGGGAGGAGGAGGGGAGAUGGAGUUAUUGCAAUAUCCAGCACUGGAAAAUGUCAGUGCUCUGGAUUUCUAGGCACACUUCCCUGCGAGAAAUGCUGUCCUGGACGCUCCUUUUUAAAUGCCCAGCCUGUCUGAGAGCCCUCAGUGGUGAAUGUCAAACCUUUAUGUAUAAUUAGGGGUGUCCAUUGUUACCUGGUAACAGAAAAUGCAGGGGAUUCACAACACACAGAGCUAGACCUGUAUCGUUUACUCUUACUAUGCCAUGAGUGCCCAGGAAGAGGUCCUGACCCCAGGUGCGGUAAACAACACCUUCUCAGCAAUAAUCACGUUGUUUCCAUAAUGUUCCGUCAUCUUACUACAUGGCUUCCAUGGAAAUUCUGUAGCUUGAAUAAUGAGACUGGGUAGGCCCAUCCGUGCUCCUGGAACGGUUUCAAGCUGACCGCGUUUCGGAUUGCAGAAUGACCACAGUGAAGAACCAUCUGUCCAUAUCACCUUGAAGAAGCUAAAUUUAAACUAAGCUAUUCUGAUUUAAUGUAGAAGUCAUGGAUGAUGUCAUUUAGCCUCACAAUAUUUCUUCAGUGGCGAAUGGUUUUAUUGUAUAUAUUGUGUUUUCCAAGCAUAUGAUUUUUUUUUUUUUUUUGUGAAAAUGUUUGCUGUGCAAUAGUUUCUUCUUAUUAAUCACUUUCUCUGUUGUGUUUAUAUAUGUAGUUUGUAAAUUUGAGAUUUGCUUGUUAUUCACACAGCUAGAAAUUGUACAAGGUGCAUUGUCUUGCUAUAUUUGGGCUUUCUUUUGAGAAUCAAAUAUGUAUUUUUAAAGAUAAAAUGAGAUUUCAUUAAAGAGGUUGAGCAGUUUGAAAUGAUUUGCAUGGUUUUCCUGAGUUCUCUGAAGUAUCCUGCAGAAUAACAUGGUUUAGUGCUGGGAGUCUGUUUAAUUAUUUUAUCUUAUGGUAUAAUUAAGAUGUAUAAUUUUGACUGUGGAAGAAUCUAGCAUAAUGAACCGGAGAAGCUCUAUCUUGUAAAAAACACUGCCAAGGUACAUAUUAAAGUAUAUAUUUUCAACUAUUGUCAUGUUAUGUCGGGGUUAUAAUUGGGGUUUAUUUUUAGGGUUCAAUUAAAUGGGGUUUAUUUUUGAAAAAUGAAUGGUUAAAAUGCAUAAGUGAUGUAUGUGCAAUAAAAAUACAGGUUAUUAUUUGGUGGGGGUGGGGGUGGAGCCUAACCCAGCAUAGGACACAAGCUUGCACUGAUGUGAAUAAGGGUGCAAAUAAAAAUAAAAGCCAGCACCUGGUUCUGUGUGUGGAA